AUGGACUCUCUUCCAGGAUCUAGUAGUAGACAAGAACCGAACCAAGUGCAAGCCGAUGACAAUGAGGCAGCCAGGAGAAAUGAAGAAGAAGCGGUAGCUGAGAAUCAGGGUGCACCCGUUCAACCAGCACCGGAAGGAGGAAACAAUGAUGACGACGAGGCGUCUAUAGAUAGCUUAGACGACUACGACGACGAGGAUGAUGAUGAGGACGAGGAGGCUCCCAUCCCCGCAGUCAUCCAAUCCCACAGCCCCGAUGGACCCGAGCGCAUGGCGCUGACGGAACAAGAACGCACGUGGGCGCUUGCCAUCAAACAAGCCUGUCUCGACGAUCCGGAUUUGGACCCGCGCAAUGACUUUUUCUACGCCCAGCUGGCUCUGGUGGACCACGGCAAUGUCGCCUCGGCUGUGGAACGAGCACAACAGAUGCAGUACUUUCGGCAAGAAUACGGCUUGGUGGAGGAAAACGCGGAAAUGGCAGCACGCACUUGUCGCGAAUUCGUCAAAAUGCUGCCCAAAUUUUGGUUGAAUUUUAGUUACAACAGUCGGGACGGCAACUAUGUCUUGGCGGUGGACUGUACCCACUUUUACGUACGAAAAAUUAAGGAAUCGCAAGGAACCAUCAACACUUGGAUGCGGGCUACCUAUCUCAUGUGUCAAGCAGAAUGCCCGGAUUUGAAAGCCAUUCGACAGGGUGUCAUCAUCUUGGCAGAAACAGACGGCUUUGAUUGGAAAACCAACUUUGGUUUGGAAGUUUUCAAAAAGUUUUGGGUGGAACUGUGUGCCGUGUAUCCAUACAAACACUCACAAAUCAAGAACUUUCACACGGGAGUACUCUAUAAUCUAUUGCUUUCCAUGACCAGACGAUUCGUACCCAAAGAAAUUCAUGAACGAUUCCAAAUGGGAUGCCUGUGUGAACUGGGACGAUUGGAUGCACUGUAUUUGAAUCCGACGGUCGAAGCCGCCAAUGAGAAAUUACUGGCAUUCACAGAUCAUACCCUGCGACGACGAUAUGCCAACGAAGCGGCAUUUACUCUGUGA